GAUAUAGGAGUAUCUUUCAUCAUUAUCGAUUUUUCGAUAAAAGCGCUCACUCUUGAAAUCCGAAAUCAGUUUUGCUCGAGGUCACGUGGCAACAGGCUCACGUGGCGUUUACGCAUACCCCGUUAGAGGGAAGCACGGGUGAUCUCGAAGAGCGAACACUACGGCCAACUACGGCUAACAAUCCUUCCUUUCCCGUAAAUACUUACAUUCAUUUUACAUACAUAGAUACAGGGUACAUUGCAUUAUUGUCGUCGAACUAAGGUCGAUUGACCGAAACGAAGCAACGGCUUCUUAGAACGUGAUGCACUACGCGAUUCUGAAGGCCGCGGCUAGAACGUAUGAGUGUUGUUUGUAUGUCAUUUUCGAGUGACCUAGUUUACAAUUGAAUUUUCCUCGACGAUUUUCUUCAACUAUGAUUCCGCAGUGAGUGUUCCCGAUGUCCGUGGCCUCUGCGAGACAGCAACGAUGCUGCCUCGAAAGUGACUUCAUGCUUGUUUGCAGAAUAAACGAAUGAUUUUGCUUAAUUAUCCCGGAAUGCGCAUUUCUGUGAGAUAUGACUGUCAUCCUCGGUUCUCUAAACGAAACGAUAAGGUUAAGCAUAUGCACUUCGCAAGUGUUGAAGAACGAUCUCCAAGUCUGUGUUCGCUGAAAGUGAACAGUGGGCCAAGAUGAAACAUGAUUCUUCAAAUUCUCGUACAGUGACAUUAAAUAAAUACUGCAUGGCCCUGAUCAAUUAUCUAUUGCAAAUUGGGCGUUAUGUAUUUGUACACAUGAGCAGUGUAUAAAUCAGUUAAAAAAUGCCACAUAUAACGAGAAAAUGGGAACUUUUCCCAGGCAGAAAUCGGUUCUGUUGUGAUGGUAGAAUAAUGAUGGCACCGCAAACGGGGAUGUUUUAUAUGACUGUGUGCCUCAUCCCUGGAACAAGUGGAUUAUUUUUUGCUUUUGAUUGUCCAUUUUUAGCAGUUCACAUAACACCUGCUAUACCAGUUGUUGGUGGACUACUAUUCAUUUUUGUAAUGUCUACUUUAUUUAGAACAAGUUUUAGUGAUCCUGGAGUUAUUCCAAGAGCAACACCUGAUGAAGCUGCCUAUAUUGAAAAACAAAUUGAAGUACCAAACAAUGGUAAUUCGAAAAUGUAUAGACCACCACCUAGGACUAAAGAAGUAUUGGUAAAAGGGCAACCAGUAAAAUUGAAAUAUUGUUUUACUUGCAAAAUAUUUCGACCUCCAAGAGCUUCGCAUUGUAGCUUGUGUGAUAAUUGUGUGGAGAGGUUCGAUCAUCAUUGUCCAUGGGUGGGGAACUGUGUUGGCCGAAGGAAUUACAGAUAUUUUUAUGCUUUCCUUGUGUCUUUAACAUUUCUCUGCGUUUUUAUAUUCGCAUGUGCUGUCACGCAUUUAAUAAUGCUCACAAGAGACGAUAGACCAUUUUUAGAAGCAGUGAGACUAUCACCUGGAAGCGUUGUAGUAGGAGUUAUAUGUUUCUUUUCCGUUUGGAGUAUUCUCGGUCUUGCUGGAUUUCAUACAUACUUAACUACCAGUAAUCAGACAACCAAUGAAGACAUAAAGGAAUCGUUUUCCAUGAAAAGAGGACAAGGAGGUUUUAACCCAUAUAGUCAAGGAAAUAUAUGUAGGAACUGUUUUUAUGUAUUAUGCGGGCCGUCACCGCCUAGUUUAAUUGAUCGAAGAGGUAUUGUAACGCCUGAAUAUCGAGCAGAACAGGGAAGACCUGGUGACGACAGCGUGAUCACCAACAAUAAAACAUAUGGUACCGUCAAAAUUGUACAGCCACAGUCUAAUGGUACAAUCGUGCAAACGAAUCCUAGCCCAGAUCUCACAGGCUCUAUGAACAAUCUUGUUUCGGGCCAGCAUUCGCCGCCAAUCGAAUCGAUAAACGGUGAGUUGAGUCUUUUAAGGUACACUCCUCAUUAUCCGGAAGAUGUUCCGAAGUACCCGCAUCAGUACAUUAACGAUACUUACAUCCCGGCGUAUCCCCCUCAGCAUUGUUUCCAAGAGUCCGUGAAACAUGUUAAGUACGACACUGAAAGAGUGAAUCCGGACUUUCAAAAAUACCCGUGUAGGUGUGAGGAGAAUUUGAACAAAUAUCCUCACAGGUGCCGGGAGGAGUAUCAUAGAUGUUCUGAUAACAAUUUAAUGUAUGAUCAAUGCGUCGGUGAUCGAAAGUACGGUAUCGAUCUUCAAAAAUAUCCACAAAGAUACUCCGAGGACCCUAUACGGUACAAAUUCGACGAUUUGCACGAUUAUACCGAUCUUCAGAAGUUCCCGCAGAGUUAUUCCGAAGAUCCAUCGCGGUUCUCUCAGUCUCAACACACGCUUAAGUAUAAUAAUUUGAGAUGCGCCGUUCACAGUUUAAAGUAUCCGAUAUCGAAGAACCUCUUGUCGACUGUCGUAAUGUCGCGAAUAUUAGGAGCGGGGGGAAUGCCGAUUAUCGGUCAACACGCGAUAGGACUCGCAGUGAACAGAUUCGGUUCGGGACCUUUAACCAACACGUUUUCUUACACGGACAAUUCUUUAUGUCCGAGCGACGGUACCGAGGAGGACCUCUUGAAUCAUAGAUUCAUUAUGAGUAGCACUACGAACAGUGUGAGUCAACUUGUUACGAAUGAGGUCCCGCUAGCAUCACUUAACAUAGCUCCAAUUGAUAUUGAUGAAAUUGCUCCGCUGCCUUCCCGUCAGAGUAUCGUGGUCUCUUCCGCGUUGGACACGUCUUCUAUACCUUCGGUAACUGUAACGACACCAUUGUCUGCGUCCAGACUCCGACUGUUACAAGAUACUACCAUGAUAGAGUCUGCCUUAGACUUAGAUUCACUGGAAGACGCCAGCGUCGGCAGAGGAAGUCAAGCGGGUCUUAUCAAAUUGGGAGCUGUAUAAAAAAAAACUUAUACUUCUAUCAUUAACUCCUUAAUAGACGCUGCCUCGAAACUACUGAUUGUUGAUUAAGUAAUUUCGCGUCUACUAAGCACGCGUACAACGUAAUUUCGCGUCUACUAAGCAGGACAUCAUUUCAAUUAGAUCGAUAGGUGUUCGAAGUCGUCAACAUUUACUGAAGGGUAGUGCAGGUCGAAUUCUCAUAGCAUAUUCAUUUGUACUUUCUUUUCUUAAAGUCUGAUUACGUUUGUAGGUGCACAAACCGGUGUAAAAGUUCUAAUGAUUUUACUUGAAGGAGCAAAGAUAGUGAUAUAGUAGCGUACAUAUUUUGUUCGAUCUGUACUAUUCGUUUGUUAUAUCUACCAUUGUUAAUUGCAUUCCAGCCAUUCACAUCUUUCAUUCUAAAUAUAGUUCUCUAUCCGAGAUAUAUAUAUAUUAGUUAUGUAUAAACGGAAGAUUAUAAAAAUAUUUGACGAUUUAACAUAUUACGAUUUUCUUAAUACUAAACGGAUCAUACGCGGGGUGAGGAAAAUGUACUACUUAAUGACAUUAAUAUAAAUUUAUUUUAUCUUUAAUUUUUUCCGCGCGAAUCGUAAAUCUUUUUCUUCUAAUUGGAAUAAUGUUGGCGCUCGCAAGCAUUGUAAGGAUUCGUCGUUAAAUAUUGAUUUGACAAUAGAAGCAAAAGGUGUGUAGUUAAUGUGUGUGUGUAUGUAUGUGUGCACAUUUAUAUUAUAAAUGUUCAUACGCAUUUAAAUACGGUUCGAACCGCACUUUGAAGGAAUCGAAGAAUUUACAAGUUUUAAAGAAAUGACAGAUUUGAUUUUAUUAUCGAUCAUUUAUGGAGAGGACGUGAACUAUUGUUUUACAUUAAUUUUUCGCAUUGAUAAACGAGUAUUAUCUCCUUUAUUCAACCUGUAACGUUGUACAGUGUAAAGAGAAUUUUGUAUAUAUAGACAUUUUCACACAUAGACGUUAGUAUAGUUUUGCAAGCGUUUUACCAAUUUGUUAAAGCAAUGUGAAUUGAUCCAGCAUUUAAAAAAAAAAUAGACAUAUAUACCACUGCCUAGAUUAUAAAUAAUUCGUGCAUCGAGAUUGCAUGUUAAUAUUUAAUUUGAUGUAAUCGGAAGAUAGAUAUUAUUUAUACAACGGAGUAACGAAAGAAUAGGUAUGACACUACUAAUAGUCGUCAUUUUAAUCUUUAAAAGUUGCCAUCGCGCAUUGACUUUAAGAGCAUCGUCUUUUUGUAUAUAUUGCGAGUGUAUGAUAUUACAUGUACAUAUUGUGUAGAUGUUAUUAUAAUAUACUACAAGUUAAAAAUAUAUCAGUAUGUUAUGUCACAUCGAA